AUGAGAUCCAUCGUCAUAAGUCUCUGUUCUCUUCUUGUAAAAUCAUAUUGUACUAAAAAAAUCUUAAGUCAUAAGAUUGAUCAUCAUCGAAAAAGUUCACGUAGACGCCAUUUUCCUUACUUUCUUCUGCUUCUAUUUCCUUAUGUUGAUUGGUUGACUCGGUGCUGCCAGAGAUAUUUUCUGCUAUUUCCUCUUCUUAAUUUUCUUCUUUCUUCUUCUUCCCCCUCACCCUGCUUCUCCUUUUCAGCUUUAUUUUCCUAUAUCUGUUUCUUUUCUUUUUUUCUUUGCUACUUCAAAGCUGUCUCGACUCGUCUUUUGUUAACAUUCUUCCUCUUCUUUCCAAUUCUUGCUCCAAAAUCAUUAUAUCUUCUUCUUCUUCUUCUUCUAUUUCAUCUACACCUCUGCAUUCUUCUUAUAUUCAUUAAUUUUUAUCCUUAUUCAUUUUUUGUUUUCUAUCUUUCUCUCUAUUUUCAUUUUACUUUUCUUUUUUCUCGAUUUUCCUUUUCCAUCUUUCCUCUAUGUCUUUCGCUUUUCUUUUCAUCCAUUUCAUUUUCUAUUCUCUCUCGACUUCUUGCUUUCUCUUCGUUUAUAAUUUUAUUCUUGAAUUAUUUUUACAUUGACUCGUUUUUAUCUUUUUUUUAUUUUUUUUGUUUUUUUGUUUUUUUCAUAUUCUUCCAUUAUUAUUCUUUUCUGCUCAUAUUUUUCUAUAACCACUUUCUUCCUUUUUUCUUUUUCUAUAACCACUUUCUUCCUUUUUUCUUUUUCUAUAACCACUUUCUUCUUUUUUUCUUUUUUUAUAACCCCUUUUUUCUUUUUACUAUAACCCCUUCAUUUUUCUAUAACCCCUUUUUUCCUUUCUAUAACCACUUUCUUCCUUUUUUCUUUUCCUAUAACCCCUUUUUUCUUUUUACUAUAACCCCUUCUUUCUUUUCUAUAACCCCUUUUUUCUUUUCUAUAACCACUUUCUUCCUUUUUUCUUUUCUAUAA